UCAGCAGGCAAGCGAGCGUUGGCGAACGUAAACAAACCGCGCAUUCCCCAACUGCACGCACGAAUCUCAUCUUUGCCCCAUUCCCGCGUCCUAAUCAGGCGGCCAAUCGCUCCACCACUACUUCCGUUCGCUAAUAGCAUGAGCGGUACAUCGAAACCUACAAACCCACCGCCGGACAGUCACCACCUUCGCUUCCAAUACUGCCAAAACCGCCCACUGUAUCGUCGCUCGCGCCAGCUAACAGCCGUACGGGUGUACUCGGUAGCGAACGAAUCACGGCACUUGCUCAUUUUCGGCGUUCCGCAAAUUAAUCUGCUCCGAGAGCUGCGGCAAGAGCUAGUGCGGUUCGGGGCGGUGGAAUUGAUCAGCAACAUUACCGACAGCUGGCAACGGGAACAUGAAGGCUCGGACGAGCUGCAGCCCGAACCGUUUACGGACGUAUUUCAUGCGUGUUUCGUCAAACUAGAAAAGGCCCGGCAAGCGAAAAAGCUGCUGGACGCACGCAACUUUUACGGCGGUAUACUGCACAUCUCGUACGCACCGGAGCGCGAAAGUGUGGACGAGGUUCGGGCAAAGCUGAACCAGCGUCGAUCGGAGGUUCGAUUCCGUGCGAAACUUGCCGGUGGGCGGCGAUCGUCCGAUUCAAAACAGUGAACGUCAA